GUGCUGUGGCAGAUAAUCUUCCUUAUGAUUAUUCUGAUUCGAUGUCGGUGUUACCGUCGAUGGCACCAUUUCAUGCAAUGAGGAUGCCGAGACAUGCGAGAAGACAGAUGAUGCGGUCGCCAGGAUAUUCUGCGAUGUCACUUCAUCAUCCCAUGUUAUCUGUAGGCAGAGGCCGAGGAUUUAUUCCACGAUAUGAGAUGAACUAUACGCUGACAAAUCCUUAUUUGUAUAACGGACAAUAUUAUGAAUAUUUUACACAUCUGGUCGAGCGAGAUUCGAAGCAGCAAAAAUCGAGAAUACGUAACCGCCAAAAAUCAACAAGUAGAUCUAUCUCAAGAACAAGGACUAGAUCGGAUUCUAGGAGAAAAUCUAGAAGUAUCUCCAGAUCGCGUAGUAGAAGACGCAGCGGUUCGCGUUCCAAGAGUCGUGAUCGAAGGUCGAAGUCAAGAUCCAGAUCGAGAUCACGUAGAUCAAGAUCACGAUCACGCAGAUCAAGGUCGCGAUUGCGUAGAUCGAGAUCACAAUCACGCAGAUCGAGAUCACAAUCGCGCAAAUCAAAAUCGCGAUCGCGUCGACCGAAAUCUCGGUCUAGAAAUCGCUCUAGAUCGCGUAGUCGUCGAAAAUCAGGAAGUAGAUCUUGCUCGAGAAGAAAAACAAGGUCAAGAUCUAACUCUAAGACGAGGCACAAGAAUAAUAAAUCGUGCAGUAGAUCAAAGUCAAGUUCCAAAACGCGUCCCUCUAGAUCCAGACGAAAUUCACGAUCUAGAAGUCGCUCCAAGUCUCGCAGCAGAAAUCGUUACAGGAACAAGCGUGGCAAGAGAUCGUCUUCUGUUGUCAAAGUUACACGAGCGAAAUCACGACCUACAUCACCCAGACGAAGAUCACGCAGUAGUUCUUGGUCUAUGCCAAAGUCACCAGGUCGUAGAAGUUGCUCCUGGUCAAGAGCUGCCUCCGCAAAUAAUAUUAACGAGCAAGACGUGAGCAAGGAAUCCGAAAAACCUGUUCAAGAAGAAACGGCAAAGACAGCGGAAAUGCAAAGCGCAGCAGCGAAUUGAUUUAGCACUUGAUUUUGUUAAAGCAUGUCAAGAAGAAACAUUAAAUAUACAACUAUACAAGAAAUAAUCUUUUAGUAUACUUGCUACACAGUGCGAAUACUUAA